GAACCUGGCUGGGGUUUUCUCUCCUCCUUCCCCCGACUACUCAGCUGCAGCAGCUCAUUCUCUCUGUCUCUCUCGCCGCCGGCCGCCGCCGCCGCCGCUCACGGUGCUUCCGAUGAGGAGGUGAAUGUUCCCCUGACAAAGUUAGGGACAUGGCAUUGUCAAUUUCUAGAAGGGCAGUACAGUUGCUCGGGCCGUUGAGCCAAUGGAGGUGCAUUGGUUCAGUUUCGGCCACGAACGGUUCUUCUCACUGGGCUCAUGAUUUGCGGGGCCUCAUUUCACAACAGAGCUUAUCCACUGUAGAGUUUUCUCAAUCAUUAAAGGAUGGAGCUUUUUUCUUUGGUCAUCGAAGGCUAUCAACCUCAAUACUGACUCCUAAUGGUGAAGCUGACUUCCCUUCUGACUUAUUGUCCAAGAAGAAAGUAAUUGUGCCUGAUCGCGAGAUAGGACUUUACCAGGACCUUGUAAUUCCAGUGACGAACUUUCUUAGUGAAGAGAAGGGCUUGAUGGUCUUAGCUGGAGAUGUUUUUGAUGUACCUAUUAGAAAAGAUAUUGUUCAUCGUGUUGUGAGAUGGCAGCUUGCAAAACGACAACAGGGUACGCAUUCAACUAAAACAAUUAGUGAAGUCAGUGGGACAGGCAGAAAACCAUGGAAACAGAAGGGCACUGGUCGAGCAAGGCAUGGUAGUAGGCGUGGGCCCCAGUUUAGAGGUGGUGCUACAAUGCAUGGCCCAAAACCACGAAGCCAUGCUAUUAAGCUGAAUAAAAAGGUUAGGCGCCUGGGGCUGAAGAUUGCUCUCACUGCACGUGCAGCUGAAGGAAAGCUUCUAAUAUUUGAUGAUAUGGAGAUCCCAACGCACAAGACAAAGAACGUUGUAAACUAUGUCGAGCAAAUGGAGAACACUAAGAAAGUUCUGCUUGUGGAUGGUGGUCCCAUCAAUGAGAAGCUGAAAUUGGCCACGCAGAAUCUACACUAUGUCAAUGUGUUACCCUCUAUAGGCCUUAAUGUAUACAGCAUCCUGCUCCACGACACAUUGGUGAUGUCCCGUGAUGCAGUAAAUAGGAUUGUUGAGCGGAUGCAUACUCCAAUUAACCGUUGAUGCUCUUUUAAUGUGAUAUUUUUUGUUAGCAAAAUUUCCUUUGCAGGGACAAAUUUGAUGUUUCGUGUUGGUAUCUAUGCCAAUGUAGGUGUUUUUCCUCAUCCCUUUUGAGUUCCUGUAAUAAUUAUGUAACUUAGAGCUAGCAAUUUUGUGUUUGGCAUUGUUUUUUUCCUUGAGUUGAGUAUAAUGAUCUGGAAUAUGCACUCGCAAAUAACAUUUCGCACACAAUCAGUCGAUAAAUUGGUAGGGGGCAACUUGCUGA